CUUCUUUGUCCAGGAACCGCAUCCGACGUUGCAUCAGUCUCAAGCCUCAACGCCGAGUCAGCAUCAGCGAGAUCAUUGGUCUUUGCGAAAGCCUGAGUAUUUUAAUCAUGCCUCCUCUGGCUUCCGUUUGUUGGAAGAUCGCAUCAUUCUGCGCAUAGGCUAACAACUGAGGUACCUCUACGAUCGAACAAUGUCUGAACCUCGCAACACCACUGUGUCCCCUUUUCCUGAAGGAGAGCUCGGUCCCAGCCCUGGCACCGAGUCUGAUCAGAUCCCAUCUCCGCCCGGUCCAUUGCGUGGCCCCGAAGCCUCCGUGUCCAAGCCCGACGAAGUGCUCAAGUCCGCCGACGUCGCUCAUAACCAAGACCAACAUUCAAAGCAAUGAAAAGGAAAGAAGAGCUGGGGAUGGACGAAGCGGGGAUGACGGGGUCAUACUGGCAACACUUAUAUAGAGGCGUGGCGUGAUCGCUCAAGAGCAUGGAGAGUUCCAAAAGAGGAAGCAGGCUCUGAACAUCGAGUAUGGUGGGAUUUGUGAUGGGCUUGAGGAUUUGGGACUGGAGGGAAGUCUUACUAUAGGAUCGUAGAGACGCUGGGGAUGAACAUGGUAGAUGGUAGGUAAUGAUGGAACAUGACCACUCCAAGACCACAUGACGACGUUCGGCAACGGCGGG